GACCGAGCUCACAGCUCUUUUUAUCUACACACACAGUACAUAAUCUCAAAACCCUAAUUGCUAUUUUCCGAAAUCAUCGUCUUCAUGCUCACAACCUUUGAAGAAAUCUGAAAUUCAAGUCUGUUUUCAUUCCAAUUUCAGAAAGAUGGCAGCUGCAUCUAUGAGUUUCAACCUAGUCGGAGCGUUCAGAGGACUCUCCAUGACCUCAAGCUCUUCGUCGUCUUUCUUCAAAGGGGAUUUGGGUUCCAUUAAAGUGGGUCCCAAGCUAUCGUUCUCCUGUCCGCAAAAGUUCCCCUUGACGAUCGAAAAUGCUCACAAGAAGGGAGCCGGGAGUACCAAGAACGGCCGUGAUUCCAAGGGCCAGAGGCUCGGUGUCAAGAUUUACGGCGAUCAGGUUGCCAAACCAGGCGCCAUUAUAAUUCGCCAGCGGGGUACCAAGUUCCAUGCAGGAAAGAAUGUAGGACUGGGCAAGGACCAUACAAUAUUCUCAUUGAUUGACGGGCUUGUAAAAUUUGAGAAGUUUGGACCUGACAGGAAGAAGGUGAGUGUCUACCCAAGAGAAGUGGUGCCUGAGAACCCAAACAGCUACAGAGCUAGAAAGAGAGAGAACUUCAGGCUCCAACGGGAACGCAAGAAGGCCAGAAGGGAAGGCUAUGUUCCUCAACCCCAGCUGGUGCUUGCUUCUGCUAACGAUGAUUCUACAGAUAAAAAUCCAGUCUGCUGAUUCUCAGAAGUUAAUUCUACUGAGUACUGCCAACUCUUUUUGUGUCAUAUUGUAAUCAGAACAUGCAGAUAGGGCGAGUUCAGUUGGUUCAAUUUCUUUGUUUUUCUUUUAUUCUUAUAGUCCCAACUGAGAUAUUUUCAACUCUUGCUGGAUCAAGUUAGCAAAAAUUAUGUUCAUCACAAGCUGAUGUUCUUUUUCUUAUCGUUA